AUGCCUUUCCUGCUCGAGCUCCCGGACCAGUACGGCCUCGUCCUCGCAGCCGCCACAAGCACCUUCUUCGUCAACACCCUUCAUGUCGUGCGCACAUCCAAGUUCCGCAAGGCCAGUGGCUUGAAGUAUCCUAUCGCCUAUGCUACAACCGAGCAGGCCGACAAGGACCCCAAUGCCUAUCUCUUCAACUGCGCCCAGCGAGCUCACUCCAACUUCACCGAGAACCACACUUCCUUUCUUGGCGCUCUCCUCAUCGCCGGCCUUCGCUACCCCUUUCCCGCCGCUGUCCUCGGCGCCGGCUGGGCUGUUUCCAGAGUCAUCUAUGUCCUUGGCUAUACCUCUGCCGGCCCUGCCGGCAGGCUCGCCGGCUCCAUCGGCGCAUCCUUAUCUGACUCAUUGCUCAAACUCGCGGCCGCUUAUACCUCCGUCAUGCUCGUCCUAGGCCAAUAG